AUGCCGGCUUCCGAAGAGCCCGAGGCGACCUGCCCGAGCCUGUGGCUGACUUGUCAAGAUCUCACCGUGUCGUCUCGCGGAGUUCAGCCGCCGACAGUAUUGCAAUGGGGUGCCAAUAAACCAGAGGAGAUCGCGCGCUCAUCACUCCUGGCGGCGCCCUAUGUCAACGGCUUCGACCUCAAUUGCGGCUGCCCUCAGUCAUGGGCCUGCGCCGAGACUCUGGGAGCCGCGCUCAUGGAGAAGCGUGAACUGGUGAGGGAUAUGGUCAUCGAGACUCGCCAAGCCUUAGAGAGGGACGGGUGGGGUGUGGGCAAGGAGAAAGACAUCGAGAACCCCCAGGGACGCAGCGUGAGCGUCAAAAUUCGAGUACACAAAGACCUGCGAAAAACGAUCGACUUUAUCGAAACGGUCAUAGGCGACCAGCACAACCGCCACGUCGACUGGCUCACUAUCCAUCCCCGAACCCGAAGCACGCCUUCUAGUACCCCCAUUUUCGGCGACUCCCUCGCCAUACUCAUCGAGAAGUACGGCGCCCGGCUCCCCGUGCUCCUGUCCGGCGACGUCUUCUCCCUCUCCUCGCUUCCGCUGUCACCUCUCCUCGCCCCUCAGCCGACCAUCGUAACGAAUGGAGAGUCGGAGCCGGCUCUCCCCCGCUUCCGCCCAAGCACCACAAAGCUCGCAGGCCUCAUGUCCGCCCGCGGUAUCCUCGCCAACCCUGCGCUCUACGCCGGCCACGAGUCCUGCCCGUGGCAGGCCGUCGAGGCCUUCCUCCGACAUCUCACGCGCGCUCCGCUGCAUCUCAAGCUGGUGCUGCACCACCUGGGCGAGAUGUGCGGGCCCGGCAUGGGGCCUGAUAAGAAUGCCCUGUUGACCAAGGGGGAGCGGGCGCAACUGAACGCGAUGACGAACAUGUGCGACGUGAUAGAUUUCAUGGACGAGGUCGUCGAGCGAAAGACGGGGCGCAAAGGAGGCGUUGACCGUCUGGGCGAUAUUGCGGACGGUGUAGACCGAAUGAAACUUAGUUCUGCUUAA